CCGAGGCAAACCCAAAAAUAUCACGUCCGUGGAUCGGCCUUUGUACAUACGUCCAUCAAACUUCUGUCGCGCGAUCAUGGACACCAGAUUGAUUUUCCGCCAGCUACUGCGUGUACCGCAGCAUUCCAUUAGUCUUCUCUUCUCCGCUUCACGGCCUCAAACACCCACCGUCACGCUCCUCCCAACUUCCGCAGUGUGCCCAGUAAAUCUACAGAUUCGAAGUCUUUCAAUACCUCGAGUGAUAACACCUUCGUUCUGGGCGUCCAUGGUGCCGAAGUCAUUUCGCCAUAACCCUCUUUCCCAACCCUCCCCAGACCUACGAAAAGAAUGGAAUCCAGCCACCCCAUACAUGGUGUUAGGACUUUUGGUCGGCUCCCAAGCCAUCCAGAUACUGUGGCUAAAGCGCGAUCGGGAGCGAUUCACAAGAAAGGCCGAGGCACAGAUAGGUCUCCUCCGUGAAGUCAUCGAGAAAGUCCGGAGUGGAGAGGAUGUGGAUGUGGAAAAGGUGCUUGGGACUGGGGAUAAGGCGAUGGAGAGGGAAUGGGAGGAAGUUUUGAAGGAGAUUGGAGACGAGGAAGUGCUAUUCAGGAGCAAGAAGAGAAGAAAACACCUCAGGGCCCAGGCUGCUCUCGAGGAAAGCAAUGGAGCUGCUGCAGCCACCACUACCGAAUCCGAGACUGUCGACCAAACUGCGAAGGGAGAAAGACCGAUGGACGAUGGCAUCGCGAAAGUGGAAACAUUUCAGGGCGCAAAGUUCUAUUAGAUCUUUGGAGGUGACCGAUGCUCACUGUUCAGAAUCGUUCUAUAAUCUGUAUAACACCUGUUUCAACAAGACCAAACCAGCCUGGCCGGCCAGCUUGGUUCACUUACUCCUCGCACUUGAAUCACGAAUCGCAAGUGCACCAUACCUGAUACUUCCAAUCGACUGUUUUCCAAUUUUCACUGGCCAUUGGUAUCUGAGGAUGUGUUUUGCUGUCUUGCUCCCAAGUGUGCAUCCCAAAAGAUCGCUAUUCCAAUCACGAGAACCGAAUGGGGGUGCAAUGUUCAACACAGUGU